AGUCGGAUGAGAAUCUAGAAGCCGCCUCGUCCACAUGGGCCUCCCUGGUUGAUCCCAAUUUAGGGGGAUGCCCUUGGCUGGGGUCGGAGAACCUCACCGGCCCAGGCUGCCCUUCGCGCAUGGUCGGGCGGGCUGGCUGCCAAGCGGCUGGAGGAGUGAGUCCAACAUUCCCAGCCCUGGUCCUACAGUGUGGCACCCUGGGACACAGGUGAGCCUAAACUAGGAUGGCUGAGCCCCGCCAGGAAUUUGACACGACAGAAGAUCACGCUGGAGACUACACCCUGCUCCAAGACCAGGACGGGGACACAGAGCCCGGCCUGAAAGAGUCUCCCCCGCAGACUCCUGCUGAUGACGGAUCCGAGGAACCAGGCUCUGAGACCUCUGAUGCUAAGAGCACUCCGACGGCCGAAGAAGUGACCGCACCCUUAGUGAAUGAGAGAGCCCCCAGCGCACAGGCUGCUGCCCAGCCCCACGUGGAAAUCCCAGAAGGAACCACAGCUGAAGAAGCAGGCAUUGGAGACACUCCAAACCUGGAAGACCAAGCCGCCGGACAUGUGACUCAAGAAGAGGUAAGAGUUCCAGGCCAGCAGAGGGAGGCACAUGAGAGGCCCCUGGCCGAGGAGCGUAGCGUUCGAGUCCAGCCUAGACACAGCAGAGAAGUUUCUGGGACCUCAGCGCUGCCUCUGGGUGAAAAACAGUCAGAAGCACCAGUUCCGGAAGUUGCUCGUCCUCUGCAGCCUCCCGCCCAGCCCGCGCCUGGCCUGCCAGGAGGCCCUCAGACACUUACUCAGGAGUGGGGACCAGAGCGUGGGGACCGAGACAAGGAGGCCCGAGUCACCUCAACGCUCCACUUCCCUGGACAUCUCCACGCGGAGCUGGAGAGAGUCAAGGGUGUCCCAGAAAGCUUGCUCAGGGCGCCAGGGGGCGCUAGAGGCGAGGCCGCAGGCACCGGGGUCCCGGGGCUCACCCUCCCACACGCGCCCCAUGUGCCCAGGGGCGCCCUCCUGCCUGAAGGCGCCGCAGAAGCCGCACCUCACGCUUUGGGGAAGGAACCCGAGGACCUGGAUAGAAGCCACCACGGCUCUGAGCUGCAGAAACACCAGGGUUUGGGAAACCAGGACCAGCAGGGCCCCCCUCCGAAGGGAGCCCAGGGCAAGGAAAGGCUGGGGGGCCAGGGCGUGGACGAAGACCGUGACAUCGAUGAGUCCUCACCUCAAGACGCGCCACCUUCCGAGGUCUCCCCCGCCCCCUGCGGGCCACCUCCUCAUGCAGACUCCAGAGAAGCUGCUGGUGUUCCUAUGUUCCCGGUGGAGGGUGCCAUCCCACUCCCUGUCGAUCUCCUAUCCAAAGUUUCCACGGAGACCCUGCCCUCGCCAGCAGGUGGGCCUGGCACAGGGCCCACAGUGGAUGGGCUGGAGCGUGUUCCUGAGUUCACAUUCCACGUGGAGAUAAAAGCCAACGUGCAGAAGGAGCAGGCACGUGCAGAGCUGGACUUGGACAGAGCUGGACUUCCAAGAGCCCCAAGAGAAGAGCGAGAGGCCCUGGGCCCCGCUGUGGGAGAGGCCAUGAGGGAGGCCGGCCCUUCAGAGCCCCCCGAGAAGCAACCUGCAGCUGGUCUGCCAGGGAGGCCUGCCAGCCGGGUCCCUCAACUCAAAGCUCGCAUCAGCAAAGGCAAAGACGGGACUGGAAAUGAGGACCGAAAAGCAAAGGGGGCUGAUGGCAAAACUGGAACAAAGAGCGCUGCACCCCGGGGCGCAGCCCCUUCCGGUCAGAAAGGUGCUGCGAGCGCCACCAGGAUUCCAGCCAAAACCCCAGCUGCCCCAAAGACGCCGCCCGGCACUGGUAAGAAGAGUGUUCCCUUGAGUUCCGGAAGCUCCUGGAAGGUGCAGAGCCUAAUCCCAGCUUUCAAGCAAGUGCAGAGAAAACCACCCCCUGCUGGGGCAAAACCUGAGAGAGGCGAAUCUGCAAAGUCUGGGGACCGCAGUGGCUACAGCAGUCCCGGCUCCCCUGGGACCCCAGGCAGCCGCUCGCGCACCCCGUCUCUACCCACCCCACCCACCCGAGAGCCCAAGAAGGUGGCCGUGGUCCGCACCCCGCCCAAGUCGCCGUCCUCCACCAAGAGCCGCCUGCAGACUGCCCCUGUGCCUAUGCCCGACUUGAAGAACGUCAGGUCCAAGAUCGGCUCCACUGAGAACCUGAAGCACCAGCCGGGAGGCGGGAAGGUGCAGAUAAUUAAUAAGAAGCUGGAUCUUAGCAACGUCCAGUCCAAGUGUGGCUCAAAGGAUAAUAUCAAACACGUCCCGGGCGGCGGCAGUGUGCAAAUAGUCUACAAACCCGUGGACCUGAGCAAGGUGACCUCCAAGUGCGGCUCCUUAGGCAACAUCCACCAUAAACCAGGAGGUGGCCAGGUGGAAGUGAAAUCUGAGAAGCUGGACUUCAAGGACAGAGUCCAAUCGAAGAUCGGGUCCCUGGACAACAUCACCCACGUCCCUGGAGGAGGGAAUAAGAAGAUCGAAACCCACAAGCUGACCUUCCGCGAGAACGCCAAGGCCAAGACUGACCACGGGGCGGAGAUCGUGUACAAGUCACCGGUGGUGUCAGGGGACACGUCCCCGCGACACCUCAGCAACGUCUCCUCCACUGGCAGCAUCAACAUGGUGGACUCGAUGCAGCUCGCCACGCUAGCCGAUGAGGUGUCCGCGUCCCUGGCCAAGCAGGGUUUGUGAUCAGGCCCGGGUUGGUGAUCGCGGAGAGGAGAGGAGAGACGAGAAUACUGACCUGGCCCUUCGCCCUCUGCCCUCCCCUGCUCCUCACAGACGGCGCAGUAGGGGCCUCACCUGCCCUGCUGUGUCGCUCGGCUUCGGCUUGGGACUCCAAAAUCAGUGAUGGGAGUAAGAACACAUUUCAUCUUUCCAAAUUGAUCAGUGGGCUAGUAAUAUUUUAAAAAUAGGUAAACAUGGCCACACCCAACAUUUCCUCUUGAUCCCCCCCACCACCCCUAAGUAGAAGACAGUGAAAGAUAGGCUUGGAAAGCGGUUUUGGGGGCUUUGAGGACGGGUGCUCACCGCCUCUGGCCGCCUUCUGGGGUGUCACAGGGUCAGCAGCUGCCACAAAGGAUGCAAAACUCGGUAUGUGUGUGAGCCACAGGCAGUGACAGCAGCCGCAUGUGGUGGGGUGGGGACAUGGCAAGGGUGGGUGAGGGAGGACAAGCUGGUGUGAGGGAGGAAGGGACAGGAAGAGGAAGGGGACACUGCCACCUGCAGUGUCAGGGGGAGAGCAGCAGGGCAGGCCAGGGGCCUGUGACCCUCACCACCCCAUCUUACAGCUUCCUUUGUUGGCUGGGAUGUGCUGAGGGCAGUGUGCUCCCCUGGAGGGCUCCUGUGUGGAAGGGGCAGUGGGCAGGCACUGUCUGGACCUCUUCUUCAGACUGACCUUUACGCCCAGAACUCCAGCCUUUUCUUCCUCCCACUCGAAGGUGGCUCUGUCCCCACUCCCAAAACCUUGCUAUACUGAAUUAUGAAGACUGAAACCACAGCCACGAUUAUAGGCACCUCCAAGACUGGGUGGGACUUGGGGCUGAGCAGGGCUCUUUGUAAGGACUUGUGCCUCGGGAGAGACCCGGCUCUUCCCAGCCUGGGCAUUAGGGCCACGCAGGGUGGGUGUGCCUGGCCUGGAUCUGAGCCUCCUCUCCCUUCCAUGGCCACCGCAGGCCUCCACCUGUCCCUCUGUGCCCCACGUGCACCAGUGGGCUAAGUGCCCCCUGCCCCACCCCAGUCAAGGACCCUGGUUAGAUGCGGGCACCUGCUCCACAGUGAGAGCCCAGGCACAGGAGCUGGGGCUCUGCCUCUAGCUCUGAAUUCCACUUGUCCAGCCGAUGUGCCUGUCCACCAAAACUCCAGUGACCUUUUUUGGUUCUCUCCCUGCCCCAUCACAUGAGAGCCCGGGGGGGCUGCCUGGGGCUGACCUUUGCCUUGCUAACUUGGAGACUGUCUUUCCUGCCCCAGCCUGGUCCCCAGCCUUCCUGUGCUGUGGGGGCAGGAGAAAGGGCGUCCCGGUGGUACUAGUGGCCCCAGGAGGGGCAGACACGAGUCCCACAGUAGGGUCACACUCCCUCUGCUCCCACCCCCACCCCAGUUGUGCCUGCCAGCCCCCAAAUCCCAUGCUAUUCAACUCCACAUGCAUGGAAUCAGUACCCCAUACCGAGGCACGCGCCCCUUGGAAAUGGUUCUUACCCAGUCCCUCUGGCAGCGGCGCCGUCUGAUCUGUGGAGCAGCUGAACAUCCGCAUAGAUGUUGCCCUUCCCUCCCCAUCUGCACCCUGUUGCAUUGUGGUUGGCCUUGUCUUUUUAUGUUUGGAUUCACAAGAGUGACUAUGAUAGUGAAAAGAAAAAAAAGACGCAUGUAUCUUAAAAUGCUUGUAGCGGUCUCUUGUGCAGCCUCCUGUGGGGCUGGGUGUCGCGCACCCGCGUAGGAGGUGGCUGCAGGACAGAGUGCACCCCCUCCUGUGCUGCGCAAGUUUUAGGUUUCACAGCAUCUGGGACCCCCGAGUCCAGACCCGGCCAAGGACACCCUUCCGUGCCAGCCUGAGCCCAGUACCACAGCAGAGGCUUGGCGUUGCCCUCACCCCAGGCUUGCUGUCAGAGCCAUCGGCUGGCAGCUUGGAGCUGGCCUUCUCUGGCCAACGCCUGAAGCCCCACAACAGUCCUUGGAGGUCUUUUGAGCUACUGUACUAUGAGAAGGUGGCCAGGCGGAGAAGAGCUGCAGGCGCAAAGGCCCCGAGCCUCUAGGCUGCUCCUCCUCGCUCGCAGGACCUCGUCCCGCAGGGCCGACUCUGGUCCUGAGCCGCCCGGCUGAGCAAGGGGCCCAGGCAGAAGACAGCACUGGUUUCCAAAGCCUACUCCGCUCCUGGCUCUUGCACAAGUCUGCUGUGGUGGAACAGCCUCUGCGGGAGCCCGGCAGCCCCUGGUUCUGCCCCUGUGGCUAAGGUAGAAGGGAAAGGAACCCCAAGGGCCCAGAGACUUUCCUUGGGAGGCCCCCACUCACUGCAAGUACUUACUGUUCUGAGUUCUGGAGAAAAGGUGUUGGACCUGUGGCCCCGUUACCACCAGAUUUGGGCUCUCCCCUGUGCGCCCUUUCCUCUUCUCAAGCUGAUGCACCCUGCUCUCCAGCCUUCUCUGGAGUAGGUGAGGACUGUGUCUUAGGUGCGCAGGUCAGCGCGGACAGGCAGGCUGCAAGGGGCGCAGGCCCCUUGAUUGUGAUGUGGACAAUCCCUUUCCCUUUCCCCCACCCUCAGCGGCCGGCUGAGGGCCUGGGAUGGGCCACGCAGCACUACCCUGUGCCUGGCUCCCUCGAGGUGGAUUUACUCUUAAUGUCAGUACUUGUAUUUAAGCUAACUCCAGUGGUGAGACUAUUCUGUUCGCAGUUGCUCCACGUGCUGUGGGCGAAGGGAAGAAUGCAGAAGACAGCUCACGUGGGUCCAGGGACGUCUUGAGUGCUUCAGUUAAGCCGCCUUGUAACCCAGUCAUGAUGUCCCCCACUUGUUAGAGGGAGGUGCUGUCCUGCGGAGUCUGGGUACAGGCGGUCAGGUCCCUUGGCCUGCUGACGCUCUGGAGUCCCAGACUCCACCCCGGCCCCCCACACCAUCACCCUUCCCGCCAGGCCACGGGCGCCUCAGCGCCUGCUCUCCCACACCUCCACCAGCGGCUGAGAUCCCAUCCCCUCGUCCUUGCUCCCCAAGUAAACCACGAGGAUGGGGACAGAGGUAGAGGAGGUCGGUUCCAGGUCUCCAGCAUUGUGAAGGGCUGGGGGCACCAUCCAGGGUCUGGCCUCCUAACGGACCUGGCCUACCAAUUUCCAGCACUUGCAAGUCCCACGACUUCUUCGGUAAUUCUGAGGGUGGGGGGAGGGACACAAGAUCAUAGCUUAGCUUCCCGUUUGUGAAUGUCCAUACAGUGUAUUGUGUGUUUUAACAACUGAUUUACAUUGACUGUUGCUGUAAAAGUGAAUUUGGAAAUAAAGUUAUUACUCUG